GCAACAACAACUCCCGUCGAGUGGCAGCAGCUGGCGGCAAGGACGCUCGAGUGAGCCCCUGCCCGAGUGCCGCGGGGGUUGGGGCGCGAGCGGGACCGGGAAAUGGGCUGGGAGCAGAGGUCGCGGAGGCGACAAAGGGGGCCGAGGUCGGGGCGGGGACCGGGAGAGUCCCGGGAGUGGCGGCCCUCCUGGGUCCGGGUCAGGGUCAGGGUCCCUGACUAGGGAGGAGGCCUGGAGCUGGGAACUGGGCCCAGGGAGGGAAGUACACAGCCCGACAGGCCUCGGGGCCCCUUUGCAGGGCGGCGCCGACGGCAUGUGCGAGGGCCCGUCCCGUAUCUCGGGGCCCAUCCCCCCAGACCCGACGCUUUGCCCUGACUACUACCGGCGGCCGGCCUCUGCUCAAGGGCGCCUAGAGGGAAACGCGCUGAAGCUGGACUUGCUGACCUCGGACCGGGCUCUGGACGCCACCGCUCCCCGUGGCCCCUGCAUCGGUCCCGACGCCCGAGAGAUCCUGGAGCGCGGCCGGCGUGGCGUCGGGGACGUGCUGUUGCAACUUGAGGGCAUCUCCCUAGGUCCUGGGGCCUCUCUCAAGAGGAAGGACCCUAAAGACCAUGAGAAGGAGAACCUGAGGCGGAUCAGGGAGAUUCAGAAGCGCUUCAGAGAACGGGAGCACAGCCGGGAGCAGGGCCAGCCUAGGCCCCUAAAAGCUCUGUGGCGCUCGCCCAAGUAUGACAAGGUGGAGUCCCGGGUCAAGGCACAGCUGCAGGAGCCUGGCCCUGCCUUUGGGACAGAGUCUGCCCACUUCCUGCGGGCGCACUCCCGCUGUGGCCCUGGCCUCCCACCACCCCGUGUUCCCAGUCCCCAGCCAACCCCACCAGGUUCCAAAGCUAAGGGGCCAGGCCUGGGGGUGGACUUCAUUCGUCACAAUGCCCAAGCUGCCAAGAGGGCACCCCGGAGGCAUUCCCGCUCGCUGCAGGUCUUGGCACAGGUGCUGGAGCAGCAGCGGCAGGCCCAGGAGCACUACAAUGCCACGCAGAAGGGCCACGUGCCCCAUUACUUGUUGGAGCGCAGGGACCUGUGGCGGCGGGAGGCCGAGGCCCGUGAGCAGAGCCAGCCGGACCCUGCCAUGCCUCCAGGCCACACGCGUAUGCCUGAGAACCAGCGGCUAGAAACACUGAGCAAGCUGCUUCAGAGCCAGAGCCAGCUGCUGCGUGAGCUGGUACUGCUGCCUGCUGGGGCAGACUCACUGAGAGCUCAGAGCCACCGUGCUGAGCUGGACCGGAAGCUGGUGCAGGUAGAGGAGGCCAUCAAGAUUUUUUCCCGGCCCAAAGUCUUUGUGAAGAUGGACACCUGAGCCCCUCUGGGGGACAAUUAGCAGGGAGGUACAUGCUGAGAUUCACCAGCCACAUGGCUGAAAAGGACAGGGUCAGGCCCAUUCCCAGAUCAGAAGUCUGAAGACAGGAGCAGGGGGGUGGUCAGUGUCCCUGGAGCACUUUUCUCAGCCACCAGUGGCUACAGAAGGGCCAUCCCAGUCUUUUAACCAUUUUGUCAAAAUUAAACUGUUUGUACACAGGA